AUGGAAGAAAAUCUAGCAGGCUCACUUUUGGAAGACGACAAAUCGAACCUGGCUCCUGAUUCUGUGACCUUGAGCUUCAUAGAGGAACUGAAAGACUCCUCUAUAAACAGGUGGAGUGGUUCUAAAUUUCUUGCCUCUAGUGGGAACCGAGGAGCAGCGGAUUCAGCCCAAAGCGGCUCAAGGCCGAGCCGUGGGCGGGGCCAGCGGAGGGGGCGGGAACUGAGCCCCUGCGGACGCCUGCAGUGUGCGGCGCCGGCUGCUCAGAGCGGAGCCAUGAGCUGGACCUGCCCGCGUUGCCAGCAACCCGUUUUCUUUGCAGAGAAGGUGAGCUCCCUGGGCAAGAACUGGCACCCAUUCUGCCUGAAAUGUGAGCGCUGCCACAGUGUCCUGUCCCCAGGAGGGCACGCAGAGCAUAACGGAAGGCCAUAUUGCCACAAGCCAUGCUAUGGAGCUCUCUUUGGACCCAGGGGGGUGAACAUUGGUGGUGUGGGCUCCUACCUCUACAAAUCCCCCACUCCUGCCAGCACCACUCCCCUUAGCCCCAGCAGCUUCAGCCCCCCCAGGCCCAGGACUGGCCUCCCCCAGGGCAAGAAAAGCCCUCCCCACAUGAAGAUGUUCACUGGGGAGACCUCACUGUGCCCAGGCUGUGAGGAACCUGUCUAUUUUGCUGAGAAGGUGAUGUCUUUGGGCAGAAAUUGGCACCGACCCUGUCUGAGGUGCCAGCGGUGCCGGAAGACCCUGACUGCUGGGAGUCAUGCUGAGCAUGACGGCGCCCCCUACUGCCACAUCCCCUGCUAUGGCUACCUGUUUGGCCCCAAAGGUGUGAACAUUGGUGAUGUGGGCUGCUACAUCUAUGACCCCGUGGAGAUAAAAUCCAAGUGAGAUGCUCACAGCAGAGGUCACCCUAACCCAGGCCUCCCA